AUGCUCUCUCCCGACACCUGGCGACGAGCCCGGCGGAGGCCCGAGGACGAGGACGGCGGCGAGACUCGCUGGGACUCCCGAGCCAGAGGGAGGCUCCUGCGAGCCUGCUUCGAGCGGAACCCACGGGCAUCGCCACCGGAAGAGCUGGCCCGCCAUCGCAUUCCGAGCCCAGGGCCGACUGAGGGGCACGGGAGCCCGCCGCUCCUCUCUGCCCGGGUGUCUGUCGGGCGUGAAUUCGCCGGGUCUCCCGAUGGCUCUCCGACACCUGGCGACGGCGCCCCGGCGGAGGCCCGAGGACGAGGACGGCGAAGAGACCUCGUUUGGACCCCGAGCCAGAGGGAGGCCCUGCGAGCCUGCUUCGAGCGGAACCCGCACUCCGGCACGCCACCCGGGAAGAGCGGCCCGGCCAUCGGCAUUCCGGAGCCCAGGGUCCAGAUUUGCUUCAGAACGAGAUCACGCCAGCCGAGGCAGCACCGGUGUGGGAAUCUGGCCCUGGCCGGGAAACGUGGGCCCGCAGGAAGGCAGGCGAAAGCGAUCGUCACCUCCGGUCCCAGACCGCCUCUGCUCCUGCGCAGCCUUCCAGCAGGAUCGCCCCGGCAUCGCCACCCGAAGAGCGACAGAGACGGGCCUCCGAGUCCCGAUUCAGACGGUUUCAGAACUGAGGGCCAGGCACUCCAGGCCAGGGUGCCGGGCAGCUGCGCACGAGGCGGCCUGUGCGACGCGUUCUCGGCGGGGGUCUCGUCUCGCCGGUGGCUCGGGCCCACCCCGGGGCGUGGGGACGGGGCUUCCUGCGCCCACGUGCCCUGCGCGCCUGGACGCUCUCACCGGGCCGUGAGCCAGGAGCAGGGGUCGCCAUCGCUGCGGCCCAGCCAGGCCGCGCAGGCAGCAGGGGUCCCCCAUCCAGCCCCGGCAGGCGGGGAUUGGGAAUUUUCCUACGCUGCCCUGGCGACUCCGGAAGGGGCGCUCUCCCACCCUCAGACUCCCCGGGGGUGGCCUCCGAGCCCGAGCCAAUGGCGGGGGGAGGAGGACCCGCAGCACCACAGCCUGCCGGGCCCUUGCUCGGUGGGACAGCCUGGGCCCGCCGGAGCUGAGCCGCAGGGCCAGGGUGUGGUCGCACCGCCCACCUCCCAGGGGAGUCCGUGGUGGGGCUGGGGCCAGUGGCCCCAGGUCGCCGGGGCGGCGUGGGAGCCCCAAGUCGGGGCAGCUCCGCCUCCGGGUCCCGCGCCCCCGGAGGAGGCCUCCGCGGGGCGGGAGCAGAUGCAAGCCAUCCGGGCGCCCUCCCCGCCGCUCCAGGAGCCUGGGCGCUGGUCUGCACUCCCCUCCAGCCUGCUGGCUGAGCUCCUGGAGACCCCCGAGUUUCUGCAGCAGGCGCAACCUUUGCUAGAAACGGGGGCCCCGACGGAGCUGCAGGACGUGGGAGAGCCCGCUUUGCUGGAACCGCUACUCCUCAGCGAGGAGGAAUACCGGGCUCUGCUGGAGGAGCUUUAGGACCCGGGGUUGGUACGGGAUCGGGGGCGGGGCGGUGGCCUCCCUUUGGCGGUGGGCACCGGGCUCGGUGUGGAGAGGCCUGUUUUCCCUCCGGGCUGACCAGCCUGGCAUUCCUGCCUUCCGGGUCUGGGC